CCUCGCAGGUUUUAAUUAUUGUGUACCUACUUAAAAACACAUUUGUGCAUGUUGGACAACCUAGACCCACUGAAUAUAUUUGCUCUUAAAAUGAACAUAUGAAUCAUGUGUUAGUGGUAGCUUUUCUUACCUUCCUGCUACGCAUCCUAGUGGAUUUUUCACACUUAAAAGACUCACUGGAGCUGUAGUUUGAUGCUAAGAAGUGACCGGUGUGCUUGGCUUUUUUGAUAGUUUUGAAUACGCAGUUGUUAUGUAACAUAUUUUAUUAAUUGUGUUAUUAUUCUGAAACGACAAGUGUUGUGGGCAGGGCAGGAGCUUGACCGGAAGUGCACUUGUCUGUCCCUGGAUUUAAUUUUCACAGCUUUGUAGCUAGAAUCAAACCGUAGAAUAAGACGUGGUCAUGCUAUAAUGUAUUACACAUUUCAUUGUGUUUAUUUUAAAGACAAACAAAUGCAUGUUGUAAACAGUAAAUGAGCCUUACCGGAAGUGGACUAAACUGGUUCCUUUCCCUUUAAGCCGGUGCGGAAGUAACCUCAGAAUUGCUUCAACACUUUUGCACUGAAGUGGAAGGUCAGGAUUGUAUCAGCGACGUAUUUCAACAAACUUAUUCAACCAAACACAUUACCAUUAUCACAGCACUGGACGUAACUACAGACAGUAGUGCAACGACGAACCGUGACGUUGCACGACAGGGAACAAAACGUGCACUAACGGCUAUUUAACGGUCGGAUAGUUUAUUCAUUUUUUAAACCUGACAACACGUAACGGAUAUUUACGGUCCGACCGUUAUUCACAUUUGAACCUGUCACACGUUACACUAAUGUCUGGGUCAAAAUGUACCCGGUUAACCGGAGCGCUGGUGAAGCCCGUGCUGGACUCGGUGGACAGCGUGCUGUUUGACUGCGACGGGGUCAUCUGGCGGGGGGACCAGGCUAUCCCCGGAGCCUCUCAGGUCAUAAACCUGCUGAAGGAAAGCGGCAAGAAGGUGUUCUUCGUCACCAACAACAGCACCAAGACCAGGAAGAUGUAUGUGGAGAAAAUGACCACAAUGGGGUUAAAUGCAACCGAAGAGGAGGUGUUCGGAACGGCGUAUUGUUCAGCUAUGUACCUGAAGAAUGAGUGCAAACUGGAGGGUAAAAAGGUGUACCUGAUCGGGAGUAACGCGAUGAAAGACGAGCUGCAAGCGGUGGGGAUCCAGCAGACCGGGGUGGGAGCAGAUCAUAUAUCCGGGAAGCAGGUGGACUGGGCCAAUGUGGACCUGGAUCCCGAGGUGAAGGCGGUGGUGGUCGGGUUCGAUGAGCACUUCAGCUACAUGAAGCUGAACCGAGCCCUGCAGUACCUGAUCCGGCAGGGCUGUCUGUUUGUGGGGACCAACAGGGACACCAGGCUGCCCCUGGAGGGAGGCAAGGCUGUGCCAGGAACCGGGUGUCUGCUGCAGGCCGUGGAGACCGCCGCACAGCGCCAGGCGCAGACGGUAGGCAAACCCAACCGCUACAUGUUCGACUGCGUGGCCUCCCAGUUUGGCUUGGACCCCAGCCGCUGCCUGAUGGUGGGCGACCGCCUCGACACGGACAUCAUGCUGGGCUCCAACUGCGGCCUGAAGACCCUCCUCACCCUCACGGGGGUCAGCACGGUGGCGGACACCGAGGCCCAUCAGAAGAGCGGCUGCACGGAGAGGCAGGGCAUGGUGCCGGAUUAUUACGUGGAGAGCAUCGCUGAUCUGCUGCCAGCUCUGCAGGGAUGAACCUGGACUAAAAUGAAAGCAAGAGGACUCCAUUACUCACUAAAAGGGAAUAUUUUUCACUAAGAUAUAUAUGAUUAAAAUCUAGUACAAAGUUUAUUAAGGUAUAGAUUGUGUAUCUUUUGGGGAAAAUUCAAAACCUGCCAUUUUAACCUGGUAUUAAUGAUGGUUUAUAACACAAGAACAAGGAUUUACAAUGUUGUGUUUAUCUUCCAUGUUUUGGGGAAAGGGGAAGAGAGUGUACUUUAAAGACUGUCUGUGAUGCAAUCUCCUCUUUAGCAACUACAAGUCCAGCUCAAGGAGGAUGAGCACAUCAAAUAUAAUGUGGUGCAACAUGUUUUGUUCAGGUUUACAGCUGUUAUAACGUCUAUAAAUUACAAGCACUGAGUCUACUGGUCUGUGAACUUUCUGUGUAUUAAAAACCUUUAUUUUUACACCUCACCAGAAGCAAUGCAGAUACUUUAUUGGGAAUAAGUCACAGUGUUUAAUCAAUGUUGUAAAGGUAUCCCAGUCUUCCUUUUUACCUUGUCUUCUCUCUAACUUGUCCCUGUAAAGCUGCUCAAAUCCGUAAUAAACUCAAAUUAUAUUUACUGAAUAA